UUACUUCACACCCCGGCACAUCCCAUCGACCCAACCGCUCGCCAACCCGCCUCAAUACCCCCCGGGAAACUCGGCUAAACCGCCAAAAUGCACCCCUUCUUCACACCGCCUCCCAAACGUCCCGCCGCAUCAUCCCACCCAGCGGCGGCACGCGACGGCCACGGCCGAUUAUCAUUCGCGCUGGGUCGGGGAGGGGUUAGAGGGCGGCUGAGUUUGGAGGCGUUGGAGGAUCGCGGCGCUAGGGGGGACGGGAGUGGGAGGAGGGUUUCUGUAGCUGGUGAGGCGGGUAGGAGGGGUGAGGAUGUGAACAGCGUGAAGAAGGAGGAAGUGAGCACGCAGGGACAGGGACGAGGGCGGGAGGUGGUUUUGGAAGAUAGACGGCGGGUCGAGGAUGAGGGCAGACGGCGGGUGGAGGAGGAAGGGAGGAGGAAGGAACAUGCAGAUGAAGCUGGGGAGCGGAGGCGGGGUGUGGAUUUGAGUGAUGAAGCUGCCAAACGGGAUCUUGUUGACCUCGAUAAGGAGAGGUAUCGACGGCCCGACCAAGACCCACCCACCUCCUCCUCGAUCCGUCCAAGUGCAAGUCGAGAAGACGACCGCCACCUCCGCCGACCUGAAUCUACACCCACCACCCACAACCCCACCGAUUCCCGCCGGAAUAGUCGUGAUUACCCUACCGUUCGGAGACUGGACGAUCAUCGCGAACGACACGCCUCCGCAGACGAUUGGCGGGGAGAUUGGGACAGGGACAGGGACAGGGACAGGAAACAACGCGAUAGCCACGACUACCCUCACAGCAAAGACCCCGAUUGGCAUGCACGCUCCUCCGUGCGUGACCGAGACAGAGACCGGGACCGGGACCGGGACCGGGACCGGGAACACCACCACCAUUCCUGGGACGACCGACGUGAUUACCGACACCGUGACGACUCCUACCACCGCCAUGCCCACCGAGGCGAUGAUACCCGACGGGGCGACCGACCUCGCCAUCAUCAUGACCGGAGGGACGAGAGAGUGGGGCGGUAUGACGAAAACCGCCCCGGGGAUGAGAGGGAGUAUGUGUCGCGUGGGCGGGAUGAGAGGAGACGCAGUUUUGUGGAUGAGCGGGUUCCUGAGGUGGAUGAGCGACGGGGAGGGGCGGAUGCGAGGGAGAGGGAGCGGGCGAGGGAACGGGACAGGGAACGGGAACGGGAACGUGAGAAGGAACGGGUGAGGGAUAAACCCGAUACCCGUGUUGAGGCACGACCCACCCCGACCCGCCGUGAAGAUGAAUCUGAGCUUCGCAAACUCGCCGUUAUCCCCGAUCCCUCCCGCGCCGCCAGCUCUCAUAGAGAAAGAAACCCAGUCCCGGUAAAAACCCCCUCCUCGUCAUCAGCAGGCCCCCGACGCCCGUCGCACGCGCCUCUCCCCGAUCUCGACGUCGUCGCCGAACUCGAGAAAGGGUUCUAUACCCCGCGGGUGGAUCGGCCGACGAGUGCUGUCGCAGAACCGAGGCCUGUGGAGGUGGAGCGGAGACGGAUCUCGUUUGCGGUCAAUUCGGUCAGAUUGGACGUACGGAAAGACGAUGCCCGCAGCAGCGGUGGAGGAGGUGAUCGGGCGCUCCCGUUCGCAUCACCACCACUGCAUCCCUCAGCUGUAUCCGAGAAGCGCACCCCACCAACAACAACCGUCAAACCACCAGAACAACAACCCACAACACCCCCACCCCCCCGCAACCCCAACCGCAUCUCCCGCCACCUCACCCGCACCUCCCUCCCCCCGACCCCCACCUCCAAACCGCGCCCCCUCCCGCGCUUCGACAUCUUCCGCAGCAUCGAAGAGCAUUUCGAGAAUCUGGAGAUGAUUGGCCAGGGAACGUUUGGAACGGUGUAUAAGGCCGUGAUGAAAUGUAAUGGGCAGGUGGUGGCGUUGAAGCAGAUCAUUGAUAAGAAGGGGAAGAAUGAUAUUGUAGGUUUUGAUUUUUCUUUUUUUUUUUGAGGGGGGAGCUUCAGGCGGACCCAUGGGAAACCCAUCGGGCGGUUGGGAUGCGCGGGGGGGCUUAACUGAUGAUUGGGUUUCUUUCUGAUUACUCGAAACAGUUCACGGUCCCCAACCUCCGCGAACUCACCUUCUUCCAAAAAUACCACCACAAA